CUCGUUGCUCGCCUCCCUACUCUCUCGUCGCCGCGCCACCCCCAGCUCGGGGUUCGCCUCUCUGCUCUCUCAUUUUGUUCUGCACGUUGCUCGUUUCUCUACUGUCUCCGCCUCCUCCUGCAGGCGUUGUCGCUGCGGGUCUUCUCAGUCCAGAUGAGAUUGGUGACGCAUAGAUUUUCAUUGGUUCACCACGAAGCAUUUCCCUCCUCAUUCUGCGUAGCAUUCUCUUUCUCCUCCUUUAUACACCCCACCACUCUCCCUAAACAGGUUCUGAAGGAUAACAAUCUUGAUGUAAAUGAAUGAACACUUGCAGAUGCACAAGGAAUUGCGGGAACUUAUCAUUCUUUAUGGAACUUGUCUCUUCCUUCUCUGUUCUUCGUCUUCCACAAUAUAAACACAAAAAUAGUUGUUAUAUUAUCGUACCUUCUGUGUGUCUGGGUAAAAGGAGAAACUACAGUACUGAAAUUUCAUUAGUGGAUUGUGGAGAAUUUACUACGAACUCCUGUAUUUCCGAUAAUCCCUCAAGAGGUUCAAGCUCAGCUGAUGAUUUGUUGAGAUAUAAAUCUGAAACAUAUCCGUUUCUUCAAGCAAGCCGUUUUCAGCACUGGUUCAAAAACUGGCAAAAGCUUAGAAAGAACAAACUGACAGCUAGCACUUUUCCUGCUGCUAUUGGAUUUUGGCCACGACGAAGGGUCCAACUUUGGUUAGAGAAGCUAGGUGCAAUUGAACCAUUCUCUGGAAACCUUGCUACCUGUUGGAGCAAUAUUAAAGAGGAGGAGGCACUUGAACGAUAUAAACUGAUAACUGGAAAUACUGUCGUAUUUCCUGAAUUUCAAGUCUAUAAUGCAAACCCAGAUGAUGACUGGCUAGCUGCUUCACCAGAUGGUGUAGUUGACAGGAUGCUGUAUGAGUUGCCUUCUCAUGGGGUGCUGGAGAUAAAGUGCCCAUUUUUUGAUGGGGAUAUGAGUAAAGCUUCCCCUUGGUCACAAAUUCCACUGUAUUAUGUUCCCCAAGCUCAGGGUUUGAUGGAAAUUCUAGGGAAGGAUUGGAUGGACUUUUAUGUUUGGACUCCAAAGGGAAGUAGUCUGUUUAGGCUAUAUCAUGAUGCGGAGUAUUGGGAGGUAAUGAAAAUGGCACUAUCUGAUUUCUGGUGGAAGCAUGUACAGCCGGCAAAAGAACUGUAUGAUAAUAACGUUAUAGCAAAUCCACUUUCUGAACUAAGUUCACUGAAACCAGCUCCUAGGCAUGAAUUAUGUGGUUAUUUAGUUUAUGAAAGCAAACGCAUUGCUGAUAAUUCCAAGCUAUUGAUGCGGGAAAUUCAUGGGAAACUGAUCAGUUGAUGUCUUUUGCUUUUGGAGAGAAAUAAUGAUUGAAGAAAAUAACCCUGCUAGAGAGUGGUGAUGCUUGAUGAUAGGGCCAUCUUUGACCGGAGACACUAAUUGACAGCUCCAACGUCAG